CUGUGAAGCAGUCUGUUUUCACAAUGGCAGCUAGCAAACAUGCAGGAGAUUUUAUGGAGGAAGUUACUUGCCCAGUUUGCCUUGAACUUUUAUAUUUUCCAGUGACACUGGAAUGUGGGCACAAUUUCUGCAAGUCUUGUAUUGACAGAGUUUGGGAGAGUGAGAAACAGCCUUCCUGUCCUGAGUGUAGAGAGGAAUUCACAUCCAGAAACUAUGCAGUGAACAGACUGCUAGCAAAUGUGAUUAAAAGGGUGCAAAUACAGUGCCAGAAAGAAGAAGGACCUAAUUCAUGUCAGAAAGACCAGCUCUGUAUGGAACAUAAAAUAAGACUUGAAUUGUUCUGUAAAGAGGAUGAAUCUUUGGUUUGCUCACUGUGUGUUCCUGAACAUCCUGGUCACACCUUCUUUACAGUGCAGAAAGCACUCGAAAUGUACAAGGACAACUUGGCAACAUCUUUGUCUCGUACGCAGUCAACUCUAAAGCAUCUUAAAGAAAUAAAGUGCCAGCAAGAAAUGAAGAUAGCAGAAAUCACAGCCCAUGCCAAAAGUUUACAGUUGCAUGUAACAUCAGAAUUUGCCAAGCUUCACCAGUUUCUCCAGGAGAAGGAAGAGAAUCUGGUCCAACAGCUGAAGGAGGAAGAAACAGGAAUUCUGAAAGAGAUGGAGGAAAACCUGAGAAAAAUUAAAGAAGAUAUUAAUGCUGUUCAGGAAUCGGUCUCCAAUAUUCAGUUACAGUUGCAGCAGCAGGGCACACUGACUUUUCUAAAGGAAAUCAAGUCAUUCCUGGAGAGGUAUGUACAAAUAAUCUGUCUUAAAAAUGACCAUAAAGAGGAUGACCGCCAAAGAGUUGUGGCACAUUGCUUGAAUCUUGGAACGUACAAAGGCCCUCUAGCAUAUGGAGUAUGGAAGGAAAUGAGAUCCAUCCUUAAUCCUGGUCUCGCUAAUCUUGUAUUGGACACUAAAACAGCACACCCUAGUCUCAUUCUAUCUGAGGACCUGACCAGCGUAAAACAUGGUAACAAAAGGCAGGUGCUCCCUGCCUACCCUGAGAGGUUUAAUAAACGGCUCUAUGUGCUGGGAUCAGAGGGAUUCAUAUCAGGUAGGCAUUACUGGGAGGUAGAAGUUAAGAACAAGACUGACAUGCUUGUGGGUGUUGCCAAAGAGUCCAUCGACAGGAGUGGAGACCCUAAUAAUGGAUACUGGGCUUUGCAUCUUAGCAAUGAGAAGACUUGGCAUGUAUAUAUGAAAACAGCACUAAAGUAUCUUGAACUCAGGGAGAUGCCCCAGAAGAUUGGAACAUAUCUGGACUAUGAUGGAGGACAGGUGUCAUUUUAUAAUGCUGACAACAUGUCCCAUCUCGACACUUUCACUGACACCUUCACUGAGAGAUUGUAUCCUAUCUUUAGCCCUUGCCAUAAUGAUGGGAGCAAAAAUGCAGAACCCCUGAAGCUCUUUCACUUAAAAUUAUAGUUCUAACUGAAAACUAUUAGUGUAUUUACACAAAGGUUAGAAUGGUUAUGCUGUAUGAAGAUUAGUUUUGUAAAUUCAACAUAGAGCCUGGAAAUAUGUAAAAAAGAAAAGUUUUAAUCAGAUUUAUCAAGCAAUAGUCUUAAUGUGAAGGAAGUAUAUAAAAUGAUAAAUUUCACAGUAGUGAAAUAAAAAGACAAAAUACUUUUUGAGAGGAUAUUUUUGUUUAUAGUGCAAUUAUUUUGCCUUUGGGGGAUUUUAUAAUGUUCUGUAUAUCUCAAUAUGUUCUAGUUAAAAUUAGAUCUUGAUUUUAAGAUCUGAGCAUUUAGAGGUGUUUUGACAUGCACAGUAAAGCUGGCAGUUUGAGGUGAACGCCAUAAUGACUUUACAUUUCAGAACUUAUAUUUUUAAUUAUCUUAAAUGUAAAACACGUAAACGUAAAUCACAGUUCCAGUUUAUUAUUUUUUUGUCUUCUGUAUUUUUACUGCUGGUAACCUGUUGUGUUUCUUAAGCCCCAGCUUGUUGUAUUUCACUUGUCUGAAUCUUUGUGUUUCUUAAUGGAUCCCAAUACUGUCUCCUACUGUCAGUAGCCACAUUCACUUCAGUGUCAUUUGUUUUUGCUUUAUUUUAAAGCUCUGUAUUUGAACUGUUUUAUAUGCACUGAAGAAGGGAUUAUUCACGAAGCUCUGCUUGUUGGAUUUAGAUUAAAAUAAGUUGAGUUUUUUA